ACACCUCCAGCCACCCCAUUGGGUGUCUUGUUACUGAUUGAGCUGCCUCUUUUCUCUGGAAUAAUGGAAAGACUGAGGCUUCUGUCUACCAGGAGGCAAGAGUGGGUCUUUCAUUUUUGUUCAGUCUGAGUUAUGUGAAAGUUAGCUGUUCCCAGACCUAAGCUGCCUUCUGUCCCUACCCUCACAAGAUCUUGGUUCCUUCCUCCCCCUGCUGCAGUGAUACCCAUGGACCGCCAGUAGAGGCUGCUCUAGUUCUGUGUGUGGGGAAUCACCUGGUUCAAGGGACACGCUACCCUGUCAUUUUCUUUACCUUAUACUAAUUCUUUCCUCUGAAUAAUGUCUUAAAUUUCUUGAAGAGAUGCCAGGGACUCCUGGUUUUGGUUUUCAAGUGACUUGGGGGCUGUCUAGGACCCUAGCUCUCUCUGAAAUAAAGUUUCUUCAACUUCCACCUUGCAAAGUAGCCUCUGGUUUCCAAUGAUCCCCUCAUUGUCUCUGCAAAAAGAGAUUUAAGAUUAAGAUUGAACAAUGGAGGGACAUCUGCUCUAUUCUAUUUCAGAGGUUAGUACCAGUAGCUGACAAUUUUUGAAUGCCUACCUUGUGUCGGGCUCUGUUAAGCACUUUGUGUGCAUGAUCACAUUUAAUCUUCAUGAAUCUAUAGGGUAGUUUUGUCCCUUCUUUAUAGGUAAGGGCACUGAGGCUCAUGAUAAGUAACUGCCCUGUGGUUACACAGCUUAGGAACCUGGAAUUGGUAUAUAAAUCUGAUUGCUAAGCCCAGGCCCUCACCACUCCUUCUUUCUCACUGACUGCAUAGAAGAGGCCCAAGACUACAAAUCAAGGGCUUGGCCUUAGGCAACUUGCAAAACAGUGCAUACUGCUGAACUGGGCAGUGGAUCCUGGAAAUAUUGGUGGUGGUGCCUGCCAGGAGGUAGGAAAAUGGACAGUUACAAUGCCUGCAUGUAGCACACAGGCCUGCAUGUAGCACACAGGACUUUAUUGGGCAUCUGAGAUUUGCAUUCUUCCUCAGACCUAUUCUGGAUGGAAGGUAGAGUUGAGCGUUAAUCCAAAUGCUCUCUAAUCUGGUCUAAAUGAUGGAAAUCAGUAGGGGAGUUGACUGUGCUGGCAGUAGGUGUUCAGUGGCAGGGGAGGCUAUGCACGGGGAAGUAGUGCCUUGAGCCAAACCACAGAACAGAAAGUUGGAACAGAAUUAUAUAAAUCAAAGUCAGAAAUUUCCUGUCCAACCCACAGGGUGGAGUUUUCUCCAUUCCUGUCCAUCCUACUGAAUAUAAACCCUGAUUUCAUGUGGAAGGAGCAGCUGGUAAGACUCAUUUCAGCUCAGCAUUCACCAUGAAUCUCAAGGUAGUCCUUGUGUUCCUGGCACUGUCCCUCAUUACCAUCUUUGCCCUGGCCUAUGUCUUGCUGACCAGCCAAGGUGGCUCCAGCCAGCCUCCUCGCUGCCCCUCUGUAUCCCACAGUGCCCAGCCUUGGACACACCCUGGCCAGAGCCAGCUGUUUGCCGACCUGAGCCGAGAGGAGCUGAAGGCUGUGAUGAGCUUUCUGACCCAGCAGCUGGGGCCAGGCCUGGUGGAUGCAGCCCAGGCCCGCCCCUCGGACAACUGCAUCUUCUCGGUGGAGCUGCAGCUGCCCCCCAAGGCUGCAGCCCUGGCCCACCUGGACAGGGGGAGUCCCCCACCUGCCCGGGAAGCACUGGCCAUCGUCUUCUUUGGUGGACAACCCCAGCCCAACGUGAGUGAGCUGGUGGUGGGACCGCUGCCGCACCCCUCCUACAUGCGGGAUGUGACAGUGGAACGUCAUGGGGGCCCCCUGCCCUAUCACCGACGCCCCAUGCUGGGAACUGAGUUUGCCCAGAUGGCGAAACAUUUGAAAGAGGUGGAGCUACCCAAGGCACCAGUCUUCCUGGCUUCUGUCUUCAACUACAAUGGCUCCACUUUGGCAUUUCUGCAUGCCACCCCUGGGGGCUUUCGCUCAGGGGACCGUGCUACCUGGAUAGCUGUCUACCAUAACAUCUCAGGUGUUGGGAUUUUCCUUCACCCAGUGGGGCUGGAGCUGCUGCUGGACCACAGGGCCCUGGACCCUGCCCACUGGGCUGUCCAGCAGGUCUUCUACCUUGGGCACUACUAUGCGGACUUGAGCCAGUUGGAAUGGGAGUUUAAGGCUGGCCGGCUGGAAGUGGUUAGAGUUCCUCUACCCCUGCCAAAUGGGGCUUCAUCCCUGAGGUCCCGGAUCUCCCCAGGUCCUCUUCCCCCUCUUCAGUUCUCACCACAGGGCUCCCGAUAUAGUGUACAAGGGAACCUGGUGGUAUCCUCUCUCUGGACAUUUACCUUUGGCCAUGGAGUGUUCAGCGGCAUGAGGAUUUUUGAUAUUCGGUUCAAGGGCGAGCGGGUGGCCUAUGAAGUCAGUGUCCAGGAGUGUCUGUCUGUCUAUGGUGCCGAUUCACCCAAGACAAUGAUGACCCGAUAUUUGGAUAGCAGCUAUGGACUUGGCAGUCACAGCCGGGGCUUGGUGCGAGGAGUGGACUGCCCCUAUCAGUCUACAAUGGUGGACAUCCACAUAUUAGUGGGCAAAGGGGCAGUCCAGCUGCUCCCGGGGGCUGUGUGUGUGUUUGAGGAGGCCCAAGGACUACCCCUUCGAAGGCACCACAAUCACAUUGAGAGUCAUUUUUAUGGUGGUUUGGCUGGCUCAGCCCUUGUAGUGAGGUCUGUGUCAUCUGUAGGCAACUAUGACUACAUUUGGGACUUUGUAUUGCACCCAAAUGGGGCGCUUGAAGGGCGGGUCCAUGCCACGGGGUAUAUCAACACAGCUUUCCUGAGUGGGGGAGAGGAAAGCCUCCUCUUUGGGAACCGUGUGGGGGAACGAGUGCUGGGGGCAGUGCACACACAUGCCUUCCACUUCAAACUGGACCUGGAUGUGGCAGGGCUGAAAAACUGGGUGGUAGCUGAAGACGUGGUGUUUAAACCUGUGGCAGCCCCUUGGAGUCCGGAGCACCAACUGCAGCGCCCACAGCUGACUCGGCAGGUCCUGGGAAGGGAGGACCUGACAGCUUUUUCCUUGCAAAGCCCCCUUCCCCGCUAUCUUUACUUGGCUAGCAACCAGACUAAUGCCUGGGGUCACCAGCGCGGGUAUCGAAUCCAGAUCCACAGCCCCCUCGGCAUACACAUGCCCCUGGAGAGCGACAUGGAGAGGGCCCUCAGCUGGGGGAGAUACCAGCUCGUGGUGACCCGGAGGAAGGAGGAGGAGUCACAGAGCAGCAGCAUCUAUUACCAGAAUGACAUCUGGACACCCACUAUGGCCUUUGCUGACUUCAUCAACAAUGAGACCCUCUUAGGAGAGGACCUGGUGGCUUGGGUUACAGCCAGCUUCUUGCACAUCCCCCACGCUGAGGAUGUCCCCAACACAGUGACUGUGGGGAACAGAGUUGGCUUCUUGCUCCGACCCUAUAACUUCUUUGAUGAAGACCCCUCCAUCUUCUCCCCUGGCAGCAUCUACUUUGAGAAGGGCCAGGAUGUUGGGCUCUGCAGUGUCAACCCUGUGGCCUGCAUCCCUCACCUGGUAGCCUGUGUCCCGGACCUGCCCCCUUUCUCUUACCAGGACUUUUAGCCCUGAGGUUUUGGUGGGACAUGGAGUAGGGAUGCUGGGGCAUAUGUACCUUCCUCUCUGUUCCCACUUCCUGCUCCCCUGACUCCCAGCCUCUUAAUGUUUCUUAGGAAACAGCCUUCUCCCACAAUAAACCCUCAUAUAUCCUUUCAGUUAAUUCUUAUUUCCAGUUCAUUUUUUUUAAAUGAUGAAUUUACACAGAUGAUAUUAUUAUUAAAAUAUUCAAACAGCACCACAAAUCCUACCAAUUAGAAAUAGCUAGUGUUCACAUUUAAUGAAUGUUAUACAAGACAUUUCUUUAUGCACAUGCAUUGAAAUGGAAGAAGAGAAUUUUGUAAAAACUGAUGGUAUGUGCAAUUUAUAAUAAAAAUAUUACAAGAUUUUUACUUGAAUUUCUUCUAUAUGACUAGUAUCUAGAACCCCCCCAGAGAAUAUUGAGGACUCUGGCCAAGGAAAUUAGCAAUAGAAGAGAGAGGGCAAGGGGGACAGACCUGGCCAAGGAAUGCUGUUUGGGAAGCUCAAGGGCUGGGGGUGGGGAUUUCCUUGGAAGGAGAAUAACAGUUCCAAGUUACAGGAAAGGGAACAUCUGGCCCUGGGAAGGUGGGGGCUGGGCAAGAAGCGGGGCUGAGGGGGAUGAGGAGCCGCUCUGCACAAAUCCACUCUGCACAACCCCAGCUCCUUGCUGGUGCUGCACUUCCGUGCUCAGGCUGGCCAGCUGUAUUAUCUUGAAACCGGCCGCCCCCCCGCCCCCUACUUCCUCUUACCCCCGCUCU